AUGAAGAUGCUCUCCUAUAACAUUCGUGGGCUGGGUGAUGGGGCAAAACGACGGGUUAUUAGGGAGGUUGUUUGCCAAAACCAGAUAGAAUUUCUUUGUAUCCAAGAGACCAAAGCUCAGGUGGUUGACCGUAGGGUGUGUGCGCAACUGUGGGCCGAUUCUGAUUUUGAUUGGAGAGUUGUCCCUGCUGUAAAUAGACGUGGAGGCAUUUUGUGUAUUUGGAAGGUGACUUCCUUUGCGAUUCAUGAUUGUGUUGAGGGUCCAGGUUUUCUAUGUUUGGUAGGCUCGUGGGUUAGCUCCCAGCAUCGGUGUGCUAUUGUAAACAUUUACUCCUCUGGUUCAUUAGAAGACAGGUUGGUUACUUGGAAUGCGUUGAGGGCUUGGAGAGUUGAAAAUGCGACCUUGCCAUGGUGUAUUGGGGGAGAUUUCAAUGCUGCCUGCUGUCCUGAAGAAAGGCGUGGUACUACCGGGAUCUCUAGCUCUCAGCGUCGGGAGAUGAUGGAAUUUAACUCCUUUAUUUAUGAUCUCGGCCUGUUGGAUCUCCCGCUUGCUGGGAAGAAAUUUACCUGGUUUAGACCUAAUAACCAAGCUCAAAGUAGGCUUGACCGGUUCCUGGUUUCGGUGGAAUGGAAUGAUUUCUGGCCAAAAUGUUCGCAGCUUGUGCUUGAUCGCAAUAUUUCAGACCAUUGUCCCAUAAUGUUACGGCAGCAGUUUGAUAAUUGGGGCCCAAAGCCAUUUAGAGUACUGAAAAGAUCCCCGGCUCUCCCCGGUGGUGCUGGAUUUUUGGGCAGAGUAUCGUGUCCGUGGCUAGGGAGCGUUCGUCUUAAAGGAGAAAUUAAAAGGUUUGCGGCUGAAAUUGAAAGAUUGGAAUUCUACCGUGUUCGGGAAUCUGAAAACUCGCAGGGAUUUACUGGUCCAGUGCUUCACUUACAUGAAUCGCUACUUUGCCAGAAAGCUAGAUCAAAGUGGGUGGCCCAAGGGGAUCAAAACACUAGUUUUUUCCAUUCAUCAAUUAAUUGGAAGCGGAAAUCAAACUCAAUUGUGGGAUUGCUUAUUGAUGGUGUUUGGAAUGAGAAUCCUGACUGUAUUAAGGUUGAGGUUCAGCGGUUCUUUGAGCAACGGUUUAAGGCUUCUCCCUGGUCUCGACCACGGGUUGAUGGGGUUAACUCUCCACAUAGUCUUAAUGAGUUCAGACCCAUUUCAUUGAUUGGUUGCAUAUACAAAGUUGUGUCGAAACUCCUUGCCACUCGGCUGAAAUCUGUCAUUGGGAAGCUUAUUGACGAAAGACAGUUUGCUUUUAUUGGGAGGCCGGUCUAUGUUGGACAGCGUGGUGAUGGUUAA